UUGAAUUCUCUGAUGAUUCCAAGUACAAUUUUGAUGAAUGGUCUAAAAAAUGGCGUCAUAUUGGUCAAACCAAUCGGCCAUGAUCCUACCCUAGAUACAUCAGAUACCUAUAAAUGGAGAAAGGAGAAGGGUUUCAAAUUGCAAUUGCAGUGUAUUGCAAAAUAGCUAGCAAAAAUGGACUUUCUCCUAAAUUGCCUAAACCUAAACACUACCACUAGUGCCAUUGCAUUCCUUUCUCUAAUCUUGUUAUUUUUGUUUGUAUGGAAAAAAUCUCAAGGUAAAGAAGCUCCACUAGUUGCAGGUGCAUGGCCAAUACUAGGUCACCUCAAAUUGUUGAAUAGUUCACAAACACCCCAUAAAACGUUGGGUGAUUUGGCUGAUAAGUAUGGACCCUUAUUCACCAUCAAGCUCGGUGUCAAACCCGCUUUGGUUCUCAGCAACUGGGAAAUGGCGAAGGAAUUGUUCACCAAAAACGACCUUGCCGUUUCCUCUCGCCCUAAACUCGUUGCCGUUGAACUCAUGUCGUACAACCAAGCAUUUGUUGGUUUGGCACCGUACGGGACAUAUUGGCGCGAGUUACGUAAAAUAGUUACGUUCGAGUUUCUCUCCAAUCGCCGAAUCGAGCAACUGAGCCACGUUCGUGUCUCCGAGGUUCAAACCUCGAUCAAGGAGCUUUACGAUGUUUGGUGCAGAGAAAAGAACGAGGGUAACUACGUGUCGGUGGAAAUGAAACAAUGGUUGUCACAUUUGACUUUCAACAUGGUUGUGCGAAUGGUGGUUGGGAAGAGGUAUUUCGGGGUAACCCAUGUGGAAGGG